AUGAAAAAGAUUUUGAGCCAAUUUCAAUAUUACAAGUCACUUAUAGGAAUACCAAUCUGGGCUGAAGAAUUAUGGGAAGCCCAGAAAUUAAUUAUUGAUCAACAACGAAAAAUAGAAGGAGUUGUCUUUGCAAUAUUAAAAUACCCUACAGACUUUGAGAAUAGCCUGUCCAAUAAGCCUUUAAAAACCGCGUUUAUAACAAUGAACAAGUGUAAAAAAUAUGAUGUUUCAUUGAUAAAAGUAGGAAAACUAGAUGAAGAACUACAUUUUGGAGCAUUUGGACGUUUCUGGUGGAAGACACGUGACAAUAUAUUAUAUCCUAUACGCUUAGAAAUGAAAACCCUUGUCACACUUAAUAAAACUCACUUUAUAAUUACUGUAGUUAAAGGAACUUCAGUUGCUGCCUUUCAACCUGGUUAUAUUUGUGAAGCAAAUGGCAUUACAAGUUCUGUUUACGAUACUCCCUCUGGUGCGAUUAACUUUUUAUACCACAUAUUAUUCAGUUCAAAAACAAGAUUUUCUGGUCCGUUAAUAUGUGGUUUUAAUGAUAAGGAAAUUAACAAACGAAUUUUGGAUGAUAUUCCUUUUCAACCAUUUACAAUAAUGGUCGGUAAUUUACAAAUAUUUAUUGGAAUGAUUGGAGUUUCAGAUCAGGAGAAUUUGGGAUAUGUAGGUCCGGGAUAUUUGUCUUCUUUCAUUUAUAGAGUUGGUGAAGAAAAAAUUCGAACAUUAUUUGUACAGCAAAUUCAUCAGCGACAUUGUUCUGUGGCUUUAUACCAAGAUGAGCGAAUUAAAUUAAAAUAUAGCGGAAAAAAUCCAGAUGAAGUCUAG